AUGCAUGGCUUCCACCACUCGUCGACAGAGCAGCGCAUCCCGGGUGCAGGGGGAGUCCGGAAUCCCCAUAGCUUCUUCCCCCGCCGAAACCUCCCACGUGCGGAGGAGAGCUUCUCAUUCCUCCUGGCCUAUAGAGAUAAAGUCCCUUCCACAUACACAGACAGACAGACCUACAGACCUACAGACAGACAGACAGACAGACAGACAGACCUACAGACCUACAGACCUGCAUACUACCUGCCUACCGGGUCCCUAGUAAGCCCCGGAAUAUCCAGUGGUGGCGGGAAACAAGCUGCAGCGCAGUACCAAGUAGCUAACCCCUCUGUGCGAUGCAAGGAGGGUUCUAGAACUUUCCGCCCUGCAAAAUCCCGCCUCCUCCCAGUCUCCGCCCCAUGGAUGUACAUGUAUCAGCCUUUGAUUUAUACCGCCCUGCUUCAAUUAGAGGCGCAUACCAAUAUGCAAGUGGAGAUGGAGAUGGAGACCACCACUAUCCCAACACCCAGUCAACCCAAUCUCUCACCCCCAGCCAAACCACCCAACAUUCCACCCCCUGACAACCCACAACGCAAUCCCGCCACAAACACCCACACCCCCCAAAACCCGCACAACCACCCACCCCCGCUGCCUCACCUCGUCGUUCCACCCAAUCAACCCCAGCGGAUCCAUCGCUCUCAUCACAUCCCCGCCCGCAUGCACCUGAUAGCCCCCAACCCGCCGCCGCCCAUCAGGCCCGUAAACCGUAACCAUCUCUCCUCCCCCCGCACCCCUACCCUGACUCCCGCCCCCCCCUCCAUCUCCAUCUUCACCCCCCUUCCCCAUCCCCUUCCUCUUCCCUGA